AUGCUGCUGAAGGAGUAUCGGAUCUGCAUGCCACUCACCGUGGACGAGUACAGAAUUGGACAGCUGUACAUGAUCAGCAAGCACAGCCACGAACAGAGUGACAGAGGAGAAGGGGUGGAGGUCGUCCAGAAUGAGCCCUUCGAGGACCCUCACCAUGGCAAUGGGCAGUUCACAGAGAAGCGAGUAUAUCUCAACAGCAAACUGCCCAGUUGGGCUAGAGCUGUUGUUCCCAAAAUAUUUUAUGUAACAGAGAAGGCAUGGAACUAUUAUCCCUACACAAUUACAGAAUACACAUGUUCCUUUCUGCCGAAAUUCUCCAUUCACAUAGAAACCAAGUACGAGGACAACAAGGGAAGCAAUGACAGCAUUUUUGACAAUGAAGCCAAAGACCUGGAGAGAGAAGUUUGCUUUAUCGAUAUUGCCUGUGAUGAAAUUCCAGAACGUUACUACAAAGAAUCUGAGGAUCCUAAACACUUCAAGUCAGAGAAGACAGGACGGGGACAGUUAAGGGAAGGCUGGAGAGAUAGUCAUCAGCCCAUCAUGUGUUCUUACAAGCUAGUGACCGUGAAGUUCGAGGUCUGGGGGCUUCAGACCAGAGUGGAACAAUUUGUACACAAGGUGGUUCGAGAUAUCCUUCUGAUUGGACAUAGACAGGCUUUUGCUUGGGUUGAUGAGUGGUAUGACAUGACAAUGGAUGAAGUCCGAGAGUUUGAACGAGCCACUCAGGAAGCCACCAACAAGAAAAUCGGCGCUUUCCCACCUGCCGUUUCUAUCUCCAGCAUCCCCCUGCUGCCUUCUUCAGUCCGCAGUGCCCCUUCGAGCGCUCCAUCCACGCCUCUCUCCACUGAUGCACCAGAAUUCCUGUCAGUUCCCAAAGAUCGGCCCCGGAAAAAGUCGGCCCCAGAAACUCUCACACUUCCAGACCCUGAGAAAAAAGCCACCCUGAAUUUACCUGGCAUCCACUCUUCAGAUAAGCCAUGUCGGCCCAAAUCAGAGUAA